CCUUUAUUUACUCCUUUGUCCACUCUUUUACUCACAACAAUACCAACACACACAAAAUUACACCAAAGAAGAAAAAUAUUACACACAAACAAACCAAAACAAUUGAAAGCCAAUAUGUCUUAUGAACAAAGGCAACACCAACAAUAUCAACACCACCACCAACAACAACAACAACAACCAUUAACCCAAAAACUCUAUCAAUCUACUCCAACCUCCCGCCAAACCGUGAAGUUCCUAACCGCCUCCACCAUUGGCACCGUCCUCUUAAUCCUCUCCGGCCUUACGUUAACGGGCACCGUCUUAGCCCUGGUGUUGGCUACGCCGGUGUUAGUAUUAUUUAGUCCUAUACUCGUUCCGGCUACUAUGGUUGUAUUUGUAAUUGCUAGCGGUUUCGUGUUCUCAGGUGGGUGUGGGGUGGCGGCUGUCUCGGCGUUAUCGUGGAUAUAUCAGUAUACCACGGGUAAACACCCCAUGGGUGCUGAUCAGUUGGACCGAGCUCGGAUGAGGAUUACUAAUGUGGCUAGGGAAAUUAAAGAGAAGGCUAAGGAUAAUUUGGACUAUGUUCAACAUAAGGGUCAAGAGAGUUAUGAUCAACAUGCUCAUACUGGUUAUCAGACUCAUCAUCAACUACAAAGUUCUUAGUAUUUUUGCAGGGUUAUAUAUUUUCCUUUUUUUGGGUUUCUGUAAUUUAAUUUUGUUGCAAGUGUAUGAUUUAAUUGUUGUACUCUUUUUUUUUUUUGUUUUGGUUUUUAUUAAAGAAAGAGCUAAGUUAUCUUAAGGCAAAUUGAACUUCGUGUGAAAUAUCUAUUAAUUUACAUUAUAUAAGUAAGAAAUGAUAAGUGCUUUUUUGCAUUGACAA